AGCCAUCAUUUUCUCUGGCAGAGACUUCCGCCAGUUCUCCACAUCACGUGACCAGCCGUCACGUGACCGUGUGUCGCGUGACGUCACCACGACAGGAACUGGCAUUUACAGUUUUCCCCGUCAAGUGGCAGAAAUGGCCGCUCCCACGGCAAAGGAAAGAAAAGCAUGUUGGGAUUCUCGAGACCAGUACUGGAAGUGUUUGGAUGAUAAUAAUGACGAUCAAUCCAAAUGUCAAACGCUCAGACAUUGUUUUGAAAACCUCUGUCCGGCACAAUGGAUUAAAUAUUUUGACAAAAGACGGGAUUACCUGAAGUUCAAAGAAAAAGUUCAAGCCGGUGAAUUUCAGCCCCCAGAGACGUCACAAAAGAUAUGAUGGGCGGUCAUUGUAAAGAGGACCCAAUGUAUCAGACUGAAUAUCCUUAUAUUUGAGGAAAGUGCAUAAAUGUCACAUUAGUGAACUUCUAUAAAAACCAUGAUAAGUGAAUGGAAUGGAAAGUGGAAUAGAAACAUUACUUGGUCCUGAAAAACAGCUUCCUAUCAAAGAACCGGAAAACCAUUUUUUUAAUAUUUCAUAAAAAUAUUUCUGUGUAUAAUGUGACGAAACUAGAAAAACACUGUGAUGUAAUGCCUAAUAAAUGACAAUUGCAAAUUACAUUAUUUAAAUAAUUGAAAUGAAGUACAUAUGUAAUGAACAUACAUUUUAUAUGUAAAACAUGCGGUUAAAGGAACAGACAUAUUUUUGAUUUCAUGUGGCUGCCCUUUGUGUUAUUGACCUGGGAGUGUGAUUAAGAGGCUGAAGCCUCU